AUGGUCUUCAUAUUUAAGUUUACGAAGAACCAAUUCCAAGAUCUCGUAGGUUUCCUUCAAGUGUACGGAAUGACCUACAGUCCUCAGCCACAUUUUUAUAAGAAUUUGUUGGUUUUCUUUUUUGCCAUUGAUGAAAUUAACAAGAACCCUACAAUGUUACUAAACAUUACUCUCGGAUAUCACCUGUAUGACUCCUGUGGGGAAAACAGGAAGGCUUUAAUAAACACAUUAGAGAUUUUAUCUGGACCGGGAAAGACGUUCCCAAACUACUCCUGCAGAGGAGGUAAAGAAAUACUGGGCUUCAUUGGAGACCAGAGCUCUGGGACCACUGCCACAAUAGCACAGAUAUUGGCCAUGUAUCACUAUGUACAGAAUUUGCUCCGAUAUAUAAAAGCUGCGCGCUACUUCUCAGAAAACAUUUUACAAAACUACUUUAAUGAAGACGGAGAAUUUGUUACGCAAUAUGUUAUCCAAAACCAUUUAUUACUCAACAAAACUUUACUCACAAAUGAUGUCGGAUUAUUUGAGCAAUAUACUUCCGGUGAUCAGAAUAUUUUAAUCAAUGCGAGUUUAAUAAAAUGGAAGAAUGACCAGAAAGAGAUCCCGAGAUCGCAGUGUUCUGAGGACUGUUUACCUGGAAACAGACAAGUGCCGAGCUCAGAUACAUUUGAAUGUUGUUAUGGUUGUGUGCCAUGCUCAGAAGGAGAGAUGUCCAAUGUAACAGGAAGUGAGAACUGCAUGAAGUGUCCAGACCACGAGUGGCCAAAUGAGAACAAAACUCGGUGUGAUUCCAAGCUGAUAGAGUUUUUGUCUUAUACUGAUGAUUACCUGUCUUUAUCUUUUAUUGCUAUCACUUUGUUCUUUUGCAUUUUUACUUUUUUAAUAAUGGGUAUAUUUAUUUCUUAUGGUGAUACCCCCAUUGUGAGGGCAAACAACAAGAGCCUCAGCUUUGUCCUUCUGGUCACCAUCUCAUUGGGUUUCCUCUGCGUCUUCUUGUUCUUGGGUCGCCCCAUGGAUACAACCUGCAGGCUACGCCAAGUGUCUUUCGGAAUUCUUUUUACCAUCGCGGUCUCCUGUGUAUUGGCCAAGACUGUAAUGGUUUGGCUUGCUUUCAAAGCCACCAAACCGGGCAGUGUGUGGAAACAGUGGGUUGGAGUAAAAGUGCCCAAUUUGAUUGUCUUCAUCUGCUCAUCAUUCCAAGUUGUCAUCUGCAUUGUAUGGCUGGCGAUCUCUCCCCCCUUCCAAGAGCUGGACACACGCUCCUACCACACAAAGGUCAUCGUUCAGUGUAAUGAAGGGUCAGUCUUUGGGUUCUACUCUGUCCUGGGAUAUAUGGGGAUCCUGGCUGCUGUCAGUUUUAUUACAGCUUUUCUAGCGAGGACAUUACCGGACAGUUUUAAUGAAGCCAAGUACAUCACCUUCAGCAUGCUGGUGUUCUGCAGUGUCUGGAUUGCCAUGAUCCCGGCCUAUCUGAGCACCAAAGGGAAAUAUGUAGCGGCUGUGGAGAUUUUUGCUAUACUGACCUCGAAUGCCGGACUUCUAUUUUGUAUAUUUCUUCCAAAAUGCUACAUAAUUCUCUGUCACCCCAAUUUAAAUUCAAAGAAGCAUUUGCUUGACAACAGAAGCAAAUAA